UUAAAUGUGUCUUUCUUCAGCAAAGAAAAUGGCAACCCUGCAGUUCAAAGGAAAAUCUCCUUAUGAAGGUGUGUUGUCACGAAAACAUGAUGCUUCUGACUUCAAGUAUGAGAGAUAUACAAACUUUUUCACUAAGGAUAUUGGAUCUAGUUCUCCUGUUUGUCUGGCUCUGUUUGGUUUAGGAAGAGCAGGAUCAAUUCAUCUCUCAAACAUUAUUGCCAGCCCUAGGCUCAAUCUUAGGUAUAUUGUAGAGGCGAACAAGGAUCUAUGGGAACCUGCUAAAGCUAGAUGGAACCUGAAGGAUACAAUGUUUAUCCAUCCUGACCAGGUUGAUACUGUUUACCAGGAUAAAGCGCUCCAGGCGUGUCUGAUUGCCACACCUACGUUUACCCAUGAGGGUUAUAUCCUGGGUAGCCUGGGAGCGGGCCUAGCUGUAUUCAGUGAGAAACCUAUAGCGGAGGAUCCUCGUAGUACGGUCAGAUGCUACCAGAAGGCUGAUCAGGUUGGGAAACCCCUGUUCUGUGCGUUUAACAGAAGAUUUGAUCCAGCUUUUGCAUCCAUCAGAUCCAAGGUUCGAUCUGGUAAGGUUGGUCACGUGCAGAUGAUAAAGACGACCUCUAGAGAUUCUCCUCUGCCGUCUCUUGAUUAUCUCAAGAUCAGUGGAGGAAUCUACCACGACUGCGCAGUUCAUGAUAUUGACAUGAUCACAUGGGUGCUCGGAGAAUAUCCAACCCAGGUGUUCUCUGUAGCGACUGCUGAGAUUCCUGAGAUCGACGGAAUUAACGAUUUUGAUAAUGUUGCAAUAACAAUGAAGUUUCCGUCUGGAAGUAUCGGGAUGAUAGAUCUGUGUAGGUUCGCAAACUAUGGUUACGACCAGAGACUUGAAGUUUUUGGACAUGAAGGCAUGCUCCAUGCACAGAAUGAUACUCCUAACAAAGCAGAGUACUGUACUGCCGAUGGUUCAAGUCAGGCUCCUAUGUAUUACUCUUUUCCAUCAAGGCAUGCUGAUGGUUACAUUAGGGAGCUUGAGCAUUUUCUGGAUGUAGUGCAGAACAAUGAAGAAAUGUCAGUCACUGAUAGGAUGACAGCAGCAGUUUCUAAGAUUGCUGAUGCUUGCGAGGAAUCUGCCCGGAGUGGUAAACCUGUACAGCUGAACUGGACGGUGCAAGAGAUUCCUAAGGGUUAUGUACAAGUUUAGCUUUACACUGUACACUGUACAUGAUGUAUGAUGAUGUACAAUGAAUAUUUGUUUGUUUUGAUGCUUAAAUAAACAUUAAAAGUAAAUUCUAUCAAUUCUAUAAAUGAAUAUGCAAAUAAAACUAAUCAUAUUUUUA